AAAACAAAAACAAAAACAAAACACACCCAGUCCAUUCUCUCUUUGUUUUCGUUUCUUAUGGCGGUCAACGGAUCAAAAACACUACAAAUCACCGUCUUUUGAAUCUAUAUACCUGAAACUCUUGAGGACUAGUACUUGAAGUGUUUGAGGUGGUUUUUUGGUAAUUUUUUUCAGUAUGGGGAGGAUGGGAUUGGGAAGCCAUCGUAAUCAGAAUCAGAGAACCUACUCUGCCAAUUCAAGUGACUAUAAGCUUCUAGAAGAAGUUGGUUAUGGAGCCAGUGCAACAGUUUAUAGAGCGAUCUAUUUGCCGUCCAAUGAAGUUGUUGCUGUUAAGUGCUUGGAUCUCGAUCGCUGUAACAGUAAUCUGGAUGACAUACGCCGGGAGGCUCAAACAAUGAGUUUGAUUGAUCAUCCAAAUGUGAUAAGGGCGUAUUGUUCAUUUGUUGUUGACAGUAACCUUUGGGUGGUCAUGCCGUUCAUGGCAGAGGGUUCAUGCUUGCACCUCAUGAAGAUAGCAUACCAAGACGGAUUUGAAGAGGCUGCAAUUGGUUCUAUUCUGAAAGAAACUCUCAAGGCUUUGGAUUACCUUCAUCGACAGGGACAUAUUCAUCGGGAUGUCAAGGCUGGAAACAUACUACUUGAUACUAAUGGGGUGGUAAAGCUUGCUGAUUUUGGUGUUUCAGCUUGCAUGUUUGAUGCUGGUGAUAGACGACGUUCAAGAAAUACUUUUGUAGGGACUCCAUGCUGGAUGGCACCGGAAGUGUUGCAGCCUGGAAGUGGAUAUAAUUCUAAGGCUGAUAUUUGGUCAUUUGGUAUAACAGCAUUGGAGUUGGCCCAUGGUCAUGCACCUUUCUCUAAGUAUCCUCCAAUGAAGGUUCUGCUGAUGACCAUUCAGAAUGCUCCUCCUGGUCUUGAUUAUGAUCGCGACAAGAAAUUCUCCAAGUCUUUUAAAGAAAUGGUUGCUAUGUGCCUGGUGAAAGAUCAAGCAAAGAGGCCAACUGCAGAGAAGCUAUUAAAACACUCCUUUUUCAAGCAUGCAAAGCCUCCAGAACUUUCUGUGAAGAAAUUAUUCGCUGACUUGCCACCUCUAUGGAAUCGUGUGAAAGCACUUCAGCUUAAAGAUGCCGCACAGCUAGCUCUGAAGAAAAUGCCUUCAGCAGAACAAGAAGCUAUAUCACAGAGUGAGUACCAGAGAGGAGUCAGUGCCUGGAACUUCGAUAUUGAAGAUUUGAAAGCUCAAGCAUCACUAGUACGAGAUGAUGAUGAUAUGCCAGAGGUCAGGGAUGAAGAUGAAAACAUGAAAUCAUAUGUUGGUGAUAAGGUUGCAACUGAUUUCCAAUUUAGUUUUGGGAAAUCAAAUUCUGCUGCUGAAGUUUCGCAGACUGAAAACAGAGGACAAAAUGAUCAGUUACGACUGUCUGAGAGCUUGAAUAAGAAAGGCAAGAGCCCUGAAAUUCAAGAGAAGAUUGUUUUUAAGAAAAAUGGAUCAAGCACUGAGGCAAUGGCUUCAACCUCAGAAAAAGACUCAAUACUGACCAAGGCUAAAUCAGUUAAAAGUCGUCAAUCUCAGAGUGGGCCUCUCAUGCCUGGUGUUGUGCUUACUCAUUCAUCAUCAGAAAGGGGGCGUAACUCUGAUAGGUGUGAAAAUGAUAUUCAACCACUGACUGAGAAAGCUAGCCAACUUCGAAGACCACCAAGCUUUAGUGGUCCUUUGAUGCUUCCAAACCGAGCUUCAGCAAACAGUUUAUCUGCUCCCAUAAAAUCUUCAGGAGGAUAUAGAGAUUCUAUGGAUGACAAGUCAAAGCCUAAUUUGGUGCAAAUUAAAGGGCGAUUCUCGGUAACCUCUGAAAAUUUAGAUCUUGUAAAGGAUAUUCCAUUAAGUACAGUUCCACGUCGAUCACAGGGCUCACCUCUGAGGAAAUCUGCCAGCGUUGGUGAUUGGAUGUUUGAACCCAAACCAUUGCCAACUUGUCAAUCCUCUAAGGAGUUGAGCAACAGUAAUGUGCCAGCAUCACUUCUCGUGCCUCAUCUUCAGAAUCUUUUUCAGCAGACAUCACUUCAGCAGGAUCUUAUCAUGAAUUUAUUGAAUAACUUGCAACUAGCUGAGGCUGUCGAUGCUUCUCAAAAUGGAAAGUUGCCUCCACUGCCUCGCUGUGCAGAGAACAAUGGAAGUCAGGUUGAGACAGCAGCCUCGGAGAGGGAAUGUUUGCUGCUUAACAAGAUCUCAGAGCUACAUUCAAGGAUGGUCAAUUUAGCGGAUGAACUAACUUCUGAAAAGUUGAGAUUCAAUCAAUUGCAACAGCAGCUGCAUGCCAUAUCAGGUCAGGAAGAAAAUGGAGAUGGAAGGGAAGGUGUUGCCUGAAAGAGCCAAAGUUACCAAUUACUGUAGAGUAAAGUCACUCCUGUACAUUCGGGCAAUAACUGUAAAUCAUGCAGAUAAGUAGUAUUUUCUUGAUAUUCUUUAUCUAUGCUUUUCGGCCAUUGAUGAUGGAGGAAGAAGAUAGUGAAAAGCAGAAAUCGUUGGCUUUGGAUACCCAUCCGCAACAGUAUUAUAUACAUAUUUCUUUAAAGGUCCGUGCCACCUUGAUGAUAAAUAAGCAUAUAAUCAUGGCUGCUACGCCUGGAAGUCAGUCAUUUCUUUCUAUUUAUUUAAUUCAAGCUAGAAGGAGGUCCUUCCUGUUUUGUGUUAAAGUUGUAAACCCUAAUUAGUCUUUUUUUCUUUCCAGAGGUAGCUGGAAAUGAGGAAGAAGAUAGUUUGCAGAUGUUGGUUUAUGCCCAAUAGAGCUUUAAAUUUAUAUGUUCAUUAAUCAACAUACAUUAUUUUAUAUCAAUAGUGAACAUAGUGCGUGUAUAGCUUGGCCCAA